ACAUAUACACUUUGUUCAUUUUUAGGACUAAAUUAUGUUACCCUUAAUCUUUAAUUUGCUAUCAGCGCUAUGGAAAGCCUAUUGGUUUAUCGUAUAUGCUUUUGUGAUGUCAUUGGUUGUCUUUCUUUGUUUUUAUCUUUUUUAUUUACCAACUGCCCUGCACAUUAAACCUGUUCAUUUUCAGUACAGAGCUGAUUGUGGUAGGAAUGUUGAUGAUGCUUUGUGCUCAUUCCCUUCAGCAGAGUUGAUAUUGCACGAUUCUUCAAAAGCUGCUGAUGAUGGGAUUAGGGUUUUGACACGUGGCCAAGCAUAUGAUAUCACUUUAGAAUUAGAGGUGCCCCUUUCAGAACGAAAUAAACAGAUUGGUAUGUUUAUGGUGCAGAUUGACCUGCUUGAUAAAUCAUGGCAUAAAAUUGCGUCUUCAUCCAGGUCGACGAUGCUACGCUACGAAAGUAACCUGUUAACGACGCUCAGCACAUUAUUUCAUAUCUUCCCAUUAGUGUUAGGAAUAAAAGAGCAAAAGCAAACUCUGGUUUUACCAUUAUUGGAAGAUUUCAUGGAUGAUUCGUAUCGUCCAGCAAUGUCGGCGCGAAUCACUAUUCAUUCAAAGUAUAUACAGAUGUAUUCUGCGCAGAUUAAAAUCACUGCUCUCUUCACUGGAGUUCGGUAUUAUAUGUAUAACUGGCCGAUCACGUUUAACUUGAUGAUGUUCAGUUCCAUCUUCAGCAUUGUAACCUUAAUUUGUUUGUGGCGUACGCUCAACAAAGAAACGCUCAAAGAAAGCGAAAGAAAAGAGUACGGCGAUCUGAGCGAGAGUUCUGACGGGGAGGUGGAAGAUAUCUUAGGAGGUGGACAGGACGAUGGGAGAGAUACAGAAAAAAUCAAUGCUUCAACAAGAGUUAGAGUAAGAAGAAGAAUGCAGGCCAAGGAAAACGAAAUGCGCAAGAAUUCUGAUAGUUCCCAAUCAGAUACCAUUGCUGCUACGAUAGAUUAACCCACUUGCUAACGUACGUUUACUGUUUUCGUGGUCUUCUUAUCAUUUUUAUGAUUCGUUUAUACUACCCGUUUUAGGUAAGAUCUAAAAUAGCACAAUUUGUAUAUAUUGUAAAAAUAUCCUUGUGGAUAACAUUAAAUGUUUGUGUUUUGAUUUAAAGAAUAAGUCUACAUGUAAAGUUUAAUUUAUUUUUAAUAGAAUACUGUUCAACAAUGUUACGCGAACGUCAUAAUUUGACCCAAAACCCUAAACAAUGUAAUUUAGAAAUAUUACUAAUCCUUAAUUGGUACGUUUGUAUUUUAAUUGGACAUACCAAAAGCAAUGUUGUACCGGUCCUAAUCUAUAUUAUAAUACCCGUAUAUGUCUGUCUGUCACACAAAAUGGUAGCUUAGCUGCGCAAUAGCGAGAAGCACGCAAUGCGUUAUAAAAAAGACGGGCGAACCCGUGGAUUUUCCACGGGCUAACGACUAGUCCUAAUUAAUUUUGCCUUUUAUAUUAUUAUUAUUAUUAUUAUUAUUAUUACUACUAUUAUUUACCCAGGAUAGCCUCUUCAGUUCCUAUUGGUACUGCUAUCAACGAGGGUCCUGCGAAGGGGGUCCUAGCGCAUUUAAAGCUCCCAUUUGAGCUACGAAAGUCGUGGAAGCACAGCAAUCGCUCAACUAGACAACCG